UUUUUUUCUUGCUGGUGAGGGGUGGAAGGACGCAAACCAUCAUUACAAAACGGGGCAAGGGGUGCCUCGAUGCGCACUGCGCGCUCUUGACUUCUGCAUGGAGCGGGGAAAGAAAGCCGGAGGGGAACCCUUUCACGGGAUGAACGGGGAGCCGCCGAGACGAACAGCUGGUAAAUAAGAACUUGCAGCGGACAGUACCGCAGGCUUGGCUGCGACCGGAGCUCAAACGCUGGAGACCUCAGCGCAUCAUCGUAUGUGAGCUGUCCCUAAGAUGCUGAAGGAUGGACGUGGAAGUGAGCUGGGAGUCCGACGAUGACACUUGCAGCGCAGGGGAAGUUUGCUCGGAUGACUGCGCUCCUGAGUGGGUGGGUCAGAAAGGUGGCCUCCGGCUGGACGUAGAUGAAGACUGCUCUCUGCCUCCCAGCCCUGAGGGCAGCCUUGACGGACCUUCCAGCCAUCAGUAUAUCCCUGUAGACCAGCACUGCGAAGAAGAGGAAAGGAAUGGCACAUAUGGUCAGUGGAGCGAUUCAACCACAGCCGGUGUCUUCAUCGCCUCUAGCACCAGCUUUGACCUGCAGUGUGAAGGUGAAGACCCAGAGCUCCGUUCUUCUGCGCACGCCGGAGGCGCUCAGGGGAGGAUGAGCCAGGUUUGUGAGGACAUUGUCAUCAUCAGUUCCUUAGAUGAGGAGGAGCCGGUGCCGACAUCUGGCGACGUCCUACCUUACCGCCGCAAGGAAUGUGGAGAGGCCUUCCGCCAUCUUGGCAGGUUGCAGGAACGCCAGCGGUACCGCGUGGCGGAGCGUCCGUACCGGUGCCCCGUCUGCGGCAAAGGUUUCCUCCGCACGGCCAACCUGAGAACGCACAAGCUCAUCCAUUCGAGCGACAGGCCAAACAAGUGCCCAGAAUGCGACAAAGGUUUCCUUCACAAAGUCGACCUCUGGAGACACCUGCGGAACGUGAAUAAGGUAGAACAUUCGAAGGCCUUGAGGAACGGGUCUUUCAUCGUAGCGUCUUCGAAGGCUCAGAGCCGAAGCAGCGAGGGUUUGGCCUCUUCCCAGGUAGAUCCAGGAGAACCAGAGAGAGAACAGCCUAAACCAUACGCGUGCCCCACUUGCGGCAAGGGUUUCCGUACGUCCAACUUGCUGUCCAAGCACAAGGUGAUUCACCGGCAGGAUAAACCAUACGAGUGCCAAGAGUGCGGGAAAGCCUUUGUCCAGCUGCUCCGCUUGAAAAGGCACCAGAAAAUUCAUACUGGGGAGCGCCCCUUCCAUUGUGAAGAAUGCGGCGGGGCAUUCACACGCCUGACUUCACUGCAUCGGCAUCAGCGCAUCCAUACCGGAGAGAAGCCCUACUCUUGCACGUACUGUGCUCAGGACUUCACAGAGUCAGGCUCCUUGAGGAGGCACGAGCGCAUUCACCAAAUGAAAACUUCAUAGGGCCAUGGCACAUAUUGCAUUUGUGGAUG